AUGACAACCCAAAUCCAUCCGGUGGUGGGGGGCAAGGAGGAGGAGCAGGGGGAUGACGAGGAGGAUGAGGAUGAGGAGGAGGGGACCCAACCGCGCCAGCUGCUGCGCUUUGCCGAGACCGUGAGCUCCGACAUCCAGCGUUUGUUCGGCCGCCGGGGAGCCGAGGGGGAGGGCCACGCGGCCGGCUGGAGCGGCUCGCCCGGGACUUACCGCGACCGAUUCGCGAGCGGCAAGUCCGGCCGGGAGCUGUACUACGCCGACCUCCUGCGGCUGGCAGAGGGAGGAGACUCGUGGUGGCGGUGCUCCUCAGCCUCCGCCUCCUCUCCCUCGCCGGGAGCGGUGGGCAACGCGAACCGCCGCAUCUCGUCGACCACAGCCGGAGCGGCGCGCGGCCGCGACGAGGAGCGGCCCCUGGGCCCUCUGAGCGAGCUCUUCUCCGACAGCACGAGGCCCUACGCGGCGGGCGGCCGGCAGUCGAGCGCGCACCCGGCAGCUGUGCCCAUGCUCAAGCGCCGCCUGCCACCGUCGUUCUUCACAGAGCCCACAACGGUGACGUCGGCUUGCGGUGGAGCAAAGCGAGCGCAGGCCGCUGGCGCUCUCGGCAACGCAGCCGAUGCUGCCCCCGCCGCCGCCGCCGCCGCCGGUGGUGGUCUUCGCAACAUCGGAGGCGGCGACUGUAGCCUCGGUCACAGUGGCGCCGGCUACUGCGGCGCUGAUGCCGGCGUCGCCGGUGUGAGCAGCGCAGCUCGCGGGCUCAGCGGCGGUGGCACGGGCAUCAUUUCCACGUGCACGCCAGAUUUCAGCGACCUGCUGGCCACGUGGGCCAACGAGGAGGAGGAGGAGGAGGAGGCGGAGUGCAGCGGCGAAGAAGAAGAAGAAGAGGGCUCAUCCCUGGAGGCAGGACCCACGCUGGGACACUCAACCCCGGCCGCUCGCCUCGCUGUGUCGUGCCAAGCGGCCACGUUCAUCAUGAGCCACGGCUGAGCGUCGGGCACCACUGCUGGGCGCUUUGCGCUCGUACCUGUAAUACGAUUAUCUGUGUGUGUGUGUGUGCGUGUACGUAUACGUUUACGUGUCAUUGCUUGCGGCUCUCCAACCUGUUGGUGUUGUGAUUACGAUGAAGAGCGCGCGCCUUUUGUGUGUUUUUGGCGCCGCAGUUGAAACAAUGCCCCCCGCGAGAAUUCCUUAAAGAUCACCCACCGCCUCUGUCCAAGCCAGCCAUAUAAAUCGGUGCGAUGCGGCUAAGUCGAUCGGCAGCUCGCGUUCGGUGGGGGUAAAGUGUGGGUACUAGCACGACACCUAGCCAGCGUGGAAGAUUAGGCCAAACACCCUCUAGCGUAGUGGGGGUGGGGGGAGGUUACUCUUAGAGAACGUUACCUUUGUUUCCAGCAGUAGCAGCAUUCACCCUUUUUCUCAUUAUUAUCAUAAAGUGAAACGUGUUUUCUUAGCCUCGAAAAAGAACAUCGCCAUGGGAGCUUUCUGCAGAUAACAGUGAACAAAGGAUGGCUUAACGCAGCCUCACUUUGAGUCCGGGGGCAGGUAGCGUGCUUGUAAUGAACACACACACGCGCCGCGCACACACCGCAACGCCACUGCGGCCCUGAAAUCUCCCGCAAACAUUUAGAAACUCCAACAGCACCUUUCGAACGCUGAUACGUUGUUCACACACACACACAACCCACGCAUCUAUUUGACGUCCGGUGGCAGUUCACCUGCGUUGGCGUUCAGCAAAUCCCCUGACGCCUGCCGACGAGACACUGAACGGCAAAAAAGAAGUAAUAUUUAAAAAAACGUUUUAAAAAACACGCUUUUAUUAAAUGUACUAGUAAUGUCAGAACUCCAC